CAAAAUCACGAAGCCCUUGCGCCGGCAAAGAGACAAAUUUUCACUUCUCGGCAGUUCUCGGGCUUUCUUCCAAGUCAGCCAAGCUCAUUUUUGUGUUUAAGAGAAAGUCACAAAAUUUGUUCACCUGCUGGAAUUAUUUUCCAAUAUUUCUUGCUGGUAUAAUCAACUGGACCAGGUAAUGAAUAUAUUUAAAGACAUGGAGGCUAAUGGAAAAGAAAGCACACAACCUAAGAAGCCCUGCAGGGCAUGUUACGAUUUUAAAUCUUGGACAAAAAUGCAACAAAAUGAGCUAGGAAAUAAAUCGACCCCUUCAUCGAAUGAAAACCAAAACCCCCACCCUUCUGCUGGAUGUCCUCUAGACAAAGAUGAACUGGGUCGAAAUACAUGGGGAUUCCUUCAUACGAUGGCCGCCUAUUUUCCCGAUACUCCGACUGCAAGGGAGCAAAAGCAAAUGACUUAUUUUAUGAAGUUAUUCUCAAAGUAUUAUCCAUGCGAUCAUUGUGCAGAGGAUUUUAGAAGAUCGAUUAGGGAAUCCCCACCGGAAACAACGACGAGAUGGGGCUUUUCUCAGUGGUUAUGUCGAAUGCACAACCAAGUAAAUAAAAAACUUGGAAAGGAAGAAUUCGAUUGUAAUCUAGUCGAUCAAAGGUGGAAAGAUGGAUGGGAUGAUGGAAGUUGUGGAUAAUGACGAAAUACGAGGAAUAUAGUGAGAUAUGGCUAUUAUUUUUGUUACCCGUUCCAUUAUUAAUUAGAUGACGAAAUAGAUGCUUAAAAAUUUAUCAUGAAUUCUAAACUGUAUAUUUCAUGAUUGGACCAAUUAUUUGUCAGGAUAAGAUCAAUGAUUAGUAUAAAAAAAACCCAUAGCCGACUAAUUUUAUUAUUUCUUUGCGUGAAUAUUAUGUGACGAAUGUACUUGAUGUGUGACAUGUCCCUUUCCCUUUUCAUCCUUCUCCUUUGACGUUGCUUUGUUAAAUGCCAUCAAGGUGUGAGAUAAAUUUUUUACUUGUGCCCCAUGAGUAUUCACAGCCCCAAAGGCCAAUCGUGGAUUGAAGCUAGCCGCAACUGUGCUUCGUCGGGAUCGUUCUGCUCGAAUGCUGGACGCCUGUAAAAUUCCGCGAACCUGGUCAGAACCAACUAGUCCUUUAGUGCUCAGUUGAUGGUGUGUUUCCACCACUUGAUAGUCCUCAGGUUCGGUCAUGCUGUAGAAUAGACAAUUUGUAGAAUUUAUAUUAGAAUAGACUUAUGUAGUUCAUUUUGUGUUUCAACUUACUCGAGGAGCGAGUACUUUAUGACGAUUCCCUUGUCCUCAAACUUCAUAACGGCAAAGUGUAAACAAGCUGCAAACAUCUUGAGGAAGAAGACGGCAGACAGGGCAAACAUGAAUCCUACGGUUGUAUAUAAUCUGGCUGUGAGGUGUACAUUAAAUGGAAGGGCACAGCUUCCUAGAUACUUUUUCUUCGUCUACGAAAAGUAGAAAUCUAGUUAAAUUUUUACCAAAUAUUCACCGAUUUUAAAUAAUACCUUUUCGUCUACACAAUACUUGUCUACGUCAUCGACGUAAUUCUUCCAGUCAUAAUAACCUCGAGGUCCGCAGCAUUUAAACUAGAAAGUCGAGUGCUUUUAAGCACCUUCAGCAUGAAUUAUGUUUAUAUUUUAUUCAUACCUUCGAUUGCAUUUUAAUCAUCCAACUCCUAGAUCCUUCUAGCUUCAUUGAAUUCGAAGUGAAAUUACACUCCGACGCGUACGUUUUUCUAUCAAUGGAAUCAAGGGGUAAAAGUUUGCUUCGAUUGACAGAGGAACUCCGAGCUUUUAAUUCUAUAGCAUUUCGAACUCGGGCGCUGAAACCUUUCAUCUCUUCCAUUGCCUUUUUAUCAUACAUCCAUUUAUUUGGGUGGAGUUUCUUAUCCGUAGAAAUUAUGCCAGGUCUGCAGAGAAAAUAAAAAUUAGUUCUUAGAUUUAAAAAAUUUGUUAAUUAAAUAUUUGUUUUACCCGUGAGAUUCCUCCAGCUCUGCCUUUUUUUUGUCUUCCUCAAACUUCUCCUCCUCCAUGAGCUAGUAUUUAAUUCAGAUGAUUAAUGGGCUUAAUCAAUGUGAGCGAUAAAUUUGUAAAUAGGUAUGAAAUUUUGAAUCACCUGGGCAUGGACCUGUUAUGCGAAAUACACAUUAGUAUUCGUUAACUAACUAUAAUUAAUGGUACUACUAUAGGACUACUACUCACUUACUCUUGCGCAUGUUGGUUUCGUGCUCCAAGCGUACUGCCAAGCUAAUUUUGAUGGAGUUAAUUAAUUAAUUAUUGGCUUACUUGACUUAUGUAUAGCAUCACGAUUUUGCUCUAUAAUAAUAAUUCAUACCAAGCUCCUUCGUUUCGGAGGGAUUGUAAAUUUCUGUAUAUCUUUCUUUAUUCUGAAUGUAAUCGAGCCGAUCCUUAUACAAAUGGUUAACUCCAGCCCCGUCGUACCACAUGACCAUUGAGAAGAGUAAAUUGCAUCCGAUAAGUCCGAAAAAAUCACCAUCUUCCAGUUUCACUUUAUUUUUGACGUGGUAGACGAAGAUUGCGCAAACUGUUUGCCAAUAAGUUAAAAAAAAUUGACGUGAUACUUUUACGAUACACAAUUAUCAGUAUGAAAUGUAAAUAACUUACAAAGAAGACCGAUAAAUGGACAUUGCAAGUUGUACGAGUUAUACGCAAGCAGUUCAUUUACUGGCUCAUACUGGAUGAAGAGCUCAGGGUUGAAUAAAAUUGUGGCAGCAUAGCAAAGAUAUCCGAUUUCCAAAAACUGUACAAUUAUGAAAUAAUGAAAUGUCAGCAAAUGUUUUAUAUGUUUGAUGUCAGUAGAUCUUACGGCACAUAAUCCAAAUAUGACGUAGGAGAAGAUGGCGUAAUGUUUUAAAAAUUUUGGGAGCUUUUUCGCCCCUUCUGUUUCCGUACGUCGUCGAAGUUUCGGCGGAGGUUCUUCUUCUUCCGGAACAAUAAUUUUGACGGAAACGUGGUCAUUAAAUUGUGUUUCCAUUUUGUUGUAAAUAAAAACGAUGCCCACUUUUCAUAAUUUUGGUGUUAUGAUAUUAUGUAGAUUUAAAACCAUCCAGUAAGCCAUACUGACUGAUUGUUAUGUGUUGUCAAUGCAAUUGUGGAAAUAAAAUUUUUAAUUAAAA